CUUGUCAUUCGUUUAUAAAUAUUUUAUCUAUGGUUAAUUAUAUUCUGUCUGUCUAUGACUAAUCUUUGUCUAUGACUCUGUGUUAGUAUAUUAUAAAGUGAAGUUAAACAAUUAUCGGUUGUUUUGAUAGUGUGUAUUAUUGUAAAUAAUCGUUAUAAUAAUAUGAACAUUUCACGAAAUAUAAAAUAUUUCUUCCUAAGGAAACUUACGAAAAAAUUUUAGUGUUUGAGAUUAUUUUAGUCAGACAAACGUAAAAAUAGCUGAAAGUAUGAAAAAUAAGUUUAUUUGAUGCAAAAAAUCAUCAUGCGGUUCCGAUUUGUUGUUAAAUAAUUUCCAUUAUAGUGGAAUGAUUCAAAAGAAACAUACCUUUAUAUAAAAAAUCGUAUAUCAAAAAGUGAUUGAAAUCUUGAAAUAAUAUUUCAAGGGAACAUUCUUGAAGGACGAAUCUUUAAGAAAAAAAAUCAACAUUUCCAUACAUGAGCCCAUUUACGAGGUACAGAUCGUUAAAGUUAGCAUAUUACAAAGUGAGGCUAAAAAAUUAUAUUCAACUUCGAUAGUCUGUAUCAUUUUAAAUAAUCGUUAUAAUAAUAUGAAAAUUUCAUGAAAUAUAAAAUAUUUCUUACGAAAUUACUUACGAAAAAUAUUAGUGUUUGAAAUGAGUAUUUUAAAAGAUUUAAACAAAAUACUUUUUGACAUCUUAAAAUGAGGUUAGAAUCUAAAUCGGAACUAAUAUUCGUUUUCUUUUGGAUUAUUUUACUCAUACAAAAGUAAAAAUAGUUGAGAGUAUGAAAAAUAAGCUUUUUUGAUGCAAGAAAUCAUCCUGCGGUUCCUAAUUAUUGUUAAAUAAUUUCCAUUAUAGUGGAAUGAUUCAAAAGAAACACCUUUAUAUAAAAAAUCGUAUAUCAAGAAGUAAUUGAAAUCUUUAGAUAAUAUUUUAGGGGAACAUCCUUGAAGGACGAAUCCUUAAGGAAAAAAAUCAACAUUUCCAUUCAUCGGCCCAUUUAUGAGAUACAGGUGCUUGAAAUUAGUAUAUUUCAAACUGAAGUUGUAAAAUUAUCGUUAACUUUGAUAGUGUGUAUCAUUGUAAAUAAUCGUUAUAAUAAUAUGAAAAUCUCAAGAAAUAUAAAAUAUUUCUUCCUAAAGAAACUUACGAAAAAUAUUAGUGUUUGAAGUGAGUAUUUUAAAAGAUAUAAGUAAAAUAUUUUUUGACAUCUUAAAAUGAGGUUAGAAUCCAAAUCUGAACCAAUAUUUGUUUUCUUUUGGGUUAUUUUAGAUGCACAAAAGUGAAAAUAGUUGAAAGAAUGAAAAAUAAGUUUUUUUGAUACAAGAAAUCAUCCUGCGGUUCCUAAUUAUUGUUAAAUAAUUCCCAUUAUAGUGGAAUGAUUAAAAAGAAACAUACCUUUAUAUAAAAAAUAGUAUAUCAAAAAGUGAUUAAAAUUUCGAAAUAAUAUUAAAAGAAAACAUUCUUGAAGGAUGAAUCUUUAAGGAAAAAAAUCAACAGUUUCGAAAUAUAAAUCCAUUACUGAGUUAUGGAGCAUUAAAGUUGGGGUAUUAAAAAGCAAAAAAAAUUAAUAUCAUAAUAAAUAAUGGUAUUUGAAAUGUGGAAAUUUCACAAAAUAUGAAAUAUUUCUUUCUAAAUAAACUUAUAAUAAAUAUUAACUUCUUGGAAAACAUUAAAACUAUGAAAAAACACUCGAGAUCAUCUGGUGGUUACUAUUUUUUCAAUAGAAUUAGUUUAAAAAAUUUUAUAUUAUAAAGUAAUGAAAGUAUCGAACAAAAUUAUGGAAAUAUGAUCUUAAAGGAUGAAUCUUUAAGGACAAAAAUCAUCAGUUUCAAAUAUAAACUCAUUUUUGAGUUACGGAGAGCUAAAGUUGAGAAAUUGAAUUAAAAAAAUUUUGAAAAUCCCUAUUAUGAUAAAUUGGAGAUUUAAAAAAUUCGAAAACUUGUAAAAAUUAUUUCUUCGUAAUUAAACGUAUAAUAAUAAUAAAAUUACUUGUUUACAAUUUAUAAGGAAAAUAAUCGACUCACGUUGUUGUUAAUGCUUAUAAUAAUAGUCGAUAUCAUCUUAAUAGACUAGAGACCUUGAAUAUUGAGAUUUUUUAUUACAAACUAGUAUUGAACACGAAAAAAUUUUUCAAAUCUAACAAUUUGUACGAGAUAUCAACACACCGUUACCAAUAAUGAUUCUAUCUACAACAACAAAUUAUUUGCUUCUUUUUUCUUUUAUGAUAAUCAUUGAAAUAGAAGCAGACGAUGACAAAAAAGAACUUAAAAUUGGUUGCGGCUACAGAAACAAAUACGGAGCAGGACACCAAUUAUCCGGUGCUCGAGAUGGCGAAGCCCAAUUCGGCGAAUUUCCUUGGAUGUUGGCUUUAUUCGAAGUGGAUAAUAGAAAACGGGAGAAAUACAGAUGCGGGGCGUCUCUAAUUCAUCCUCAAGUAGCAUUGACAACUGCGCAUUGUACAGAAACCAAAAUUUCCGAUAAUAAAUUCAAAGUGAGAGCUGGUGCUUGGGAUAUGGAGCUUCUAGUAGAAAUCCUACCUUAUCAAGAUGUCGAGGUAGAUGACGUAAUAAUUCACCCUAAAUACUUACCCCAAGCUUUAUAUAAUGAUAUAGCGAUACUAAUAUUAAAAUCGCCGUUGGAAUUGGACGAACAUGUUAAUACAGUUUGUCUCCCUCCUCAAAAUUUCGUCGCGGUAGAUUCCGGAAGGGGUUUUUCGAUGGGAUGGGGUAGAAUCGAGAAGAAUUCGAAUGAAACCGCCGUUUUACUUAAAAAAAUCGAUUUGCCGUCGGUUCCGAGGGAAAAUUGCGAGCGGAUGCUUCGAAAAACUCGUUUCGGACCGUCUUAUCGAAUGCACGAAAGUUUCUUGUGCGCUGGGGGUGAAAAGGGGAAAGAUACGUGUAGAGGAGACGGCGGUAGUCCUUUGGUGUUCCCCGUAGGAGAAGAUCCUGAUAGAUAUUAUCAAGCUGGAAUCGUUGCUUGGGGAAUCGAUUGUUGGGAGGAACAUAUUCCUGGUGUUUACGUCAACGUGGCUAAAUUUAGGAAUUGGAUCGAUGAGCAAUUAACGAAGAGACGUUUCGAUGUUACUACGUAUCGAUAUCAAUCGAAAAUCGAUUAAUUUUUUCGAUGUUUUCAAUACUUUUUGUUUCUAUUUUAUCCAUAAUAAACAUAUAUUUGGAAUAAA